UCUUAUAGAGAAACUGUACUAUACUUCAUUUCAAGAAUUCGCUUACUAACAUUUUCUCCUUCAUAUCUACUAUAUCUGAAAAUAGCUUGUCUUGUAGUUCUUCAAUUGAGGGAAAACAGUGGUCUUAGAAUUGCCAUGUGGUGAUACACACUCCUAUUAUUCAAUUAUAAGAGUGAUUCAAUAGGCUCCAGCUUUUCCUGAUUCUAAAACACAAGAAAGAAAAAAUAUCAGACACAAAAGACACUGAGGCUAUAUCAGAGGGUAAAGAGAUUGGGAACAAGCUGUAAGGUACGUAACGUUUUUCAAAAAAGAAGAAGCUAAGCUCAACCUUUUUUUGUGUGUUGGCAAUGGAGUCUCCAAGAAGAGGAGGUUCUGAGGAGAAGAGUAGUUGUGAAUCAGGAUGGACUAUGUACAUAGAAGACACCUUCCAUGGAAACCAUCACUCUGAGGUUGUCUAUGAAGAAUAUGAUGAUGAUGAUGAUUUCCAUGGAAAAGAGGUCGAUGAUGAUGGGGAUGGUGAUGAUGAUAGUAGUGAGAAUGGGAGCGAUGAUUCGAUGACUUCUGAUGCAUCUUCAUGGCCUAGCACUCAGCAACCAAGGAACCCCAAGAAUCAUGCAGCUGCAAAGAAGAGCAAUGCCAAACAAGUCAGUCAUCAGACAAAGAACAGGGCUUGUGAAAAGUUCAGCGACGAAGAAGAGGAAUCUGAGUUCAAGGCUAGAACAAGAACCACUACAACUAGCCGUGUUCAAAGUAGAGGCAAGGCGAGCAAAACCAAAUAAGCUCCUCAAUACAUGGUUUUAGUUUCUGUUGCUAUAUCCAAUGUCGAGGGGAAAAAAUAUCAGAAUCAAGACCAUGUAGUUGUUUACUUUCAUUUGAUAUUUAUGUGUAAUUGCAUUGCUUUCUUUAACAGGAUUAUGUUUUUGCUUAAAGCAAAUCCCGUUCCUGUAACUUUGUCUGCCUUGGAACUAUGCUAAUAAUAUCUACCUUUUCUGCACA